GCUCCAAAAUGGGACCUAGAAUCCCAGCACCUGACACUUUUGCAUCCCCCCACCGGCCUCAAACAAACUUCGCUGAGAGAGACGCAACUGCAGAGUGCAGAGAUUUCCCUGACUGUUGUGGCUGCUAUUCAAGACAUGGAGAGGAGGGUUGAUUCUCAUGCUGCGUGUUUGCUGAAUCUGGACGGGAGAACAGGGAUGACUGAGAAGAAACUAAUAGGCUGUGAGAGAACGGUGGUGGAGUUUGGGAACCAGCUGGAGAGUAAGUGGGCCGCGCUGGGAACUCUGAUCCAGGAGUACGGGCUGCUGCAGAGGAGGCUGGAGAACAUGGAGAACCUGCUGAAGAACAGGAACUUCUGGGUCCUGAGGCUCCCCCCAGGGUCUAAGGGGGAAGUUCCCAAGGUGCCAGUAACAUUUGAUGACAUCUCCGUCUAUUUCAAUGAGCAAGAGUGGGGGAAUUUAGAGGAAUGGCAGAAGGAACUUUACAAGAAUGUGAUGAAAAGCAACUAUGAGACGUUGAUGUCACUGGACUAUGCCGUUUCCAAACCUGACAUCCUAUCCCGGAUUGAACGAGGGGAGGAGCUAAGUGUCGGGGAUCAAGGAGAUGCAGAGAAGAGAGAAAUUCCUACAGACCCCAGCGCAGGUGACUGAUAUGUCAGAAGCACUCACACACUUAAUACAGUAAAAUGCUGGAAAUCCAGCAAGACU